AAAAUUUCUUGAUUUACUAGGUACAGCAUCGUUUAAAAAUAAUAUGAAAAAUAUGCUGGAAAUAAGACAAUCAUAAUGCCUGUACCGAAUGACAAGACUGUCAAUUUGUCACCUGUGUCCGUUUACACAAUCCUCGCUGCCAGUGGGAAUGAGUUAAAAAAAACAACUGUGUCUGUGAGAAAAGAUGCCACAGUUGCUGAUGUUAUCGAUGUUGCUUUAGACAACUUCUCCAUCGUUGCCGGUUCUGAGUUAUUUGAUUUAUGUGAAGUAUUCAGUGAAAAUGGAUUAUUUCCAACAGUUCCUGAGGUGCUCCUAGAAAAUGCUAGAACUUUGAAUUAUUCUGAAUGUCCUGUAGUAGUUACACAAGAUUGGCCUUCACCCAUUGAUGAUAAUAACAUUGAGAAUCAAAAUGUUGAUGAAAACGGAAUAACAGAUAAACAAACGAGCGAUGAGUCAAACAGUAAGCAUAGAUUAUAUUUAACACACAAAACAGGUGCCUUACAGAACCAUACUGAUGUAAAAGUGACCUGGUUAGAUGGUUUAAACUCCAAUAUACCACCUGAAGAAUGGCAUUUUGAACCAUUUUAUCGCGAAGAGGGAGAAAUAGAUGAUCUAGUAAAUUUACCUGUUUUAGAUGAAAAUGUGCUUUUAGAUAAACUUUGUAAAAGAUUUUGUAGAGGUCGAAUUUAUACUUACGUUGGUGGCAUUUUGAUAGCCGUAAAUCCAUUUAAAUACUUGCCAAUAUACAAUCCUAAGUAUGUUAAUGCUUAUCAGCACCGAAAACUUAAUGACUUGCCACCACAUGCUUUUGCUAUUGCUGAUGCAGCUUAUUUACGAAUGUUGCAAGAUAAGCAAAAUCAGUGUAUUGUGAUCUCUGGGGAAAGUGGAAGUGGGAAAACAGAAAGUACGAAAUUAAUAUUGCAUCAUUUAACUGCUUUAAGUCACAAAACGAAAGCAUCUGUUUUGGAAAAAACAAUACUAGCAGCAGGUCCUGUUUUAGAGGCAUUUGGAAAUGCAAAAACUUGCCACAAUAACAAUUCCAGCCGGUUUGGAAAAUUUACGCAAAUAAAUUAUAGAGCAGAUGGUGUAGUAUGUGGGGCUGUUUUGAAGAAAUAUCUUUUGGAAAAAUCUCGCAUUUCAUCUCAGUCAAACAAUGAAAGAAAUUACCAUGUUUUCUAUUGCCUUCUUUCGGGUGCUUCUCAAGCUGAAAAAGAGAGCUUACAUUUGCUUGAAGCAAAGGAGUAUCAUUACUUAAACCAGACUGAUUGCUAUACUAUAGAAGGCACAGAUGAAGCUUAUGAAUUUACUCGCCUAAAAAAUGCAAUUAAAAAUAUAGGUAUCCACAGCGGGAUACAGCAAAGAAUGUUUGCUGUUCUGUCAGCUGUGCUUCAUAUUGGCAAUAUUACAUUCAAGAAAAGAACCAAUUAUCCAGAUGAGGCAGUGUCUAUCACUGAUGAUAAAAUUGUGGAGGUUAUUGCAGAAAUCCUACAAGUGGAGAAACAAGAACUGACACAACCACUCACAAUGCGUAAGACUAUAACAAGGGGUGAAGAAUUUGUUCGAUUGUAUAAAAAAGACGAGGCUGUGGCCACAAGAGAUUCCAUGGCAAAAUGUUUAUAUGCUUCCUUGUUCGAUUGGAUUGUGUUACAAACUAACCACAUUAUGGUAAACAGACAAGGAAGAAAAUCAGAUAAUAAGGCGUUCUCAAUUGGUGUGCUAGAUAUAUUUGGUUUUGAAGAUUUUGAUACCAACAGUUUUGAGCAAUUCUGCAUUAACUUAGCAAAUGAAAGCUUGCAGUUUUACUUGAAUAUGCAUAUCUUUAAACUACGUCAAGAUGAGUACACUGAAGAAGGUUUAGCUUGGGACCAUGUUGAUUAUAUUGACAAUACUACAUGCCUGAACUUAAUAGUGGGUAAACCAACUGGAUUGAUACUGCUGUUGGAUGAAGAAUGCAGUUUGACAAUGGGUACAGAUGAAAGUCUUUUGGACAAAUUUAAUCGUCACCAUGCAAAUAACAGUUACUAUGAAAUGCCACCAACUCGGGAGCCAGUUUUUACAGUUAUUCAUUAUGCUGGUAGAGUUAAAUACCAAAUCAAGGAUUUUCGAGCUAAGAAUCGUGAUUUAAUGAGAAGUGAUAUAGUCAUGGCAUUUAAAAAUAGCAGGAUGUUAUUUAUGAGAGAAUUAAUGGGCGGCGAUCCAAUUGCUAUUCAUUACUGGUCAAUUCUUCGUCAUAUGAUCAAAGCUGUAGCCAUAUUUAAGAAGGCUGGACUGGCUAGAUCAAAAGGAGAGAAGAUGUUCAACUUAAGGGAAACUAUAACUUGGGCCACCAAAAUGACACCUCCAAGCAGAAGGAGAAGUUUGAUGCGGCAACUAACUGAUGCAGAGCGAGAGCCUGGGACACAAGCAAUGAUGAGGAGAGCAACCAAAGUUAUGAAUAGGAGAGUGCACGACAUGACCAAACGUAUACAGAGUCCUUCAAGAGUGCGAUCAGAUUUAGCAGUGAAGAGAACAAUUUCUGGUGGCAUGACUGAAGUCACUAGAAGAGGUGGUUUAAAAAGUCCUCCAACUGUUAUUGCCCAAUUUCAGUCCUCCUUACAAGAGCUUAUGGAAACCCUAAACAAAUCACACCCAUUCUUUGUGCGCUGCAUUAGAUCAAAUGCACAAAAGUCACCUUUGGAAUUUGAUGCAGAAUUAGUUUUACGACAGCUCCGUUACACGGGAAUGUUAGAAACUGUGAAAAUACGCCAAGCUGGAUUUCCUUAUCGGUUUGCAUUGAAGGCUUUCCUUAAGCAGUUUAAACUUCUGUUCCCAUUACACGACUGUACGAAUUUGCAAGAAGACCUACCCAAGGCAAUUGAUAAAAUUGGCUUAGACUCAAAUGACUUUCAAGUUGGAAUCACCAAGGUUUUCUUGAAAGAGAAUCUUUACCAUGCCUUGCGUAAAAAAUUGCAAACAAAAAUCGAUGAGAGUGCAAGAAAAAUUCAACAAUGGAUAAGGGCCAAACAACUAAGAAAACAAUUUGUUGAUCUAAAACGAUCUGUUAUUGUUAUGCAGAAAGUGUGGCGUGGCUAUUUGUGCAGAAAAGACUAUCAACAGAUGCUUUACAGACAUUAUGCAGCAGUACGAAUCCAAGAGUUUUAUCGAUCAACAAAAUCACAAAAAGUGGCUGCCGAACCACAGUUUCCAAAAUUCAAGAAAGCCAUCGUUAAAGUGCAAUCAAGGUGGCGCGGUUAUUCAGCUCGAAAGAAAUAUAUGGAGAUGCUGAAAGAAAAACAUGAAGCAGACGAGCAACAGGAAAUUGCAACAAUACCUUUGACAAAAGACAGAAUAGAAACGGACAUUCCAAUUGUUGGUUCUCCUUACUCGUCACAUAGGAAAAAAGUUAAAACAGAGAACGCCGAGCAUUUAAUGAACGAUUUACUAAAAGACACCAUAUUUACUGAAGAUAACAACAUCGAUGCAGGGGGACUGGAAGGUGUGACGCCUCCUGCUCCAGUUUCGAUUGAACACAAGAAAAAUAUCCAUCUUUAUGAGGACAUUGAGAACUUUGAAGGUAUAUUUGCAAAACAGUCUGAGCCAGAAGAAAAAACAGCAUCUGUUGUUAAACUGCGCACGCAUUCUGGUGCUGGUGAUUUGGACAGAGGUAUUAAAAAAUUGUACAGACGACUGUCCUUCACUGCUAAAGACAAGGCGAAAUCACCUGCGGUGAGAAAGUCAAAGGAAGCUGAAGAUUUUGGUGGGUACGAGAUAAUUGAUGUACCAGCUGAUGACAGUUCAAAGAAUACCAAAGCUAACUCCUUGCAGUUCAACACGCCACCAACAAAAACAACUGGUUUUGCUGGUUUCUUCAGCACGCUGCAUCGUAAAGGAUCAAAGCGAGAAACUCCUAAAGAGAAAAAGGUUCCACGCAGGCUUUCUGCCACUGGAGACAAUGCUUACAUUGUUAAUGGCGAAAUUGAAUUGGAAGUUUUUAAUUCUUUCCUAAUAAAAAAGGUCACAGAUAUGAACAAAUUAGAAAAGGGCAAGCAGGACACAGAAGUGGAUGUUGUGUUCAAGAAUGCAUUGCAUAAAUACCAUGGCAACUUGUUAUUCACUUGUGCGGAUGCAUCAGUUCAGCGCAAAGAAUCCAUCCUCCUUAAAUUUAACGAUGUUGUGGAAGCAUUCCAAGAAGUGUUGAACCAAAUGGUCAACCAGGAUGAUAAAGUGUCCAAAGAAUUUUCAGUGAUGGGAUGUAAUUUAUUUCGCGGAAUUAUUGAAGAAUUUCAAAAACAAAAGGAAAAGUUAAUCUUAAAAAGAAAACAAAAUGCUAAACCUUAUAGAAGAAAACGAAGGAAAACUGUUGAAUUAUUUGAACACAAAGGACAUUUAUACACUUUUCAAAAUUUUAAUAUCCGUACUUACUGUGAAUUUUGUAACGCCUUUAUCUAUGACAGAGGACUCUUGUGUCAAGCUUGCAGUUUUACUUGUCAUAAGAAAUGUCACACAAAAUACGUACGACAGUGUAAAGGUAGAAGACCGUCCAUAUGUGGUCCAGCUGCGUUAUACGGUACCGAUUUAUCCGAAAUCACAAGUCCGAAUAAUCCGAUACCGCAAGCGAUUAUCAAGUUGAUGCUUGAAAUUGAGAAGCGAGGACUUUAUGCAGUCGGACUAUAUAGAAAACCAGGUUUACAAGCCGCAGUAAACAACUUAAAAAGCGUGUUAACAUCUACUGAUGCUGACGAGUUAAUUUUUGAAGACGAACGUCCUCAUACGCUAGCAUCUUGUUUAAAGUUGUUCUUUCGACAGUUACCGUCUCCUGUUAUACCUAACCAAUUUUACGAUGACUUUUUAAGAAGUACAGAUUUGGAAACUGAAGCUGAGACGCAUGCAACUAUGUAUGAAUUGAUUCAAAGGUUUCCAAAAGCUAAUCGAGAGUUGCUUGAAAGGUUGAUCGUGCAUUUGUCUAGAGUUGCUAUGUUGGAAGAAAGCAACAAAAUGUCACCAAACGGACUGGCUAUUAUUUGGGCACCUUGUCUUAUUCGUCCAAAGGAUGACUGCGACCCGUUGGAAUCAUUGGCUCAGUUACCACAACAAACAAAAUGUAUCGAAGUGUUAAUAGAUGUACAGUUAACAAGUAGACGUGGAAUUUUAACAGAUAUCGAUGCGUUACACAGAGCCACGAGUACUGCAGAAAAACGAUUGGAUUUUAUUAUAAAAGAGCGCGAAUCCCGUGAAAAUGAAGAAACGACAGAUGGCACUAAACGACGCGAAAGUGGAAGUACGGACGAAAUAAUUGGAAUGCUGGAGAAGGAAAUUUCCAGCAUGGAAGAAGAAAGGGAACGGUUGACCAUUGAUCUCACCACGAUGGAGCCGCAUAAAUCACGUUCAAUGGAUUCGCUGGACGAGCUGGGAUCUGAAAAUGAUUUUGAAGUUAUAACAGGAAAUUAUGAGGAAUUAGCAACUGCAGAUGCCUCGAUUGAAAAAAAAUCAGGCGGUGGUUAUUUGCGAUUGAAAUUUGCAGAAGGUCACGACUCAUCGUUUGAAGACAUUAGCGAACUUGAAAAAACAACUGAGCAUUCUAAUCAGCCGGCUUGCUCAAAGGAGAGCUUAGAGUCUGUGACCACCGUGGAGGAGAAGAAACCGCCAGAAGAUGUGACGGAUGCUGACGGCAACCCUAGACUUGUUUUUAUUUGAAUAACUUAUCAAGAUAAAUUAUUUCCCGACCCAAUCGAAAUAGCCUGCAAGGUAGAUUCGUCAGGUUAUCCGCAGCAACAAGAAAAAAAGCUCCCGCCUGCUCCCUAUUAUAACUUUGUUUUGAAUAGUUCAAAAAACGCGCAAGAAUUUUAACGCCGCAGAAUUUCUUUAAUUUGGAAAUUUCAUAAAACUCCAAUUUUUCCAGCGUUAGUAUUAUUAGGUAAGCGCCAUACAAAUGUUUUGUUGUGAUCUAGUAGGAUCGUUUAGUCGGUUUUAGUGAAUCAGAAUUUAAAUCGCUUUCGCCUUUUAGUUCGUAUUUAUAUAUGACAGCUUCAGCCGUGGCGCAUGCGUACAAGAGAUUUUUUUAAACUUUUUAAAUGUUGGUGAUUGUUGCUUAAUUUAUAAAUGAUGAUAGUAUCGAAAUUUUCAGUGAAAUGCAAUUUUGUUCGCAGAUUGUUAUGUAAACAUUUCCAGAGAGUGUGGUCGGUAGCCGUAACAAUGAAAGUGAAAGUUCUGCAGUUAUCUCCUUAACAUUUCCUGCUUUGAAAUUUUAUCAGACCUCGUAAGAAUAAAUUUUUGAAUGUUUUUUUUGGUUUAUUUAGUUAUCAAUAACUGUUAAGCACGAAGGGUGAGACCUUCGAUGGCGUUCUUCUCCGUUGCGCAAUAACAAUUAUUCGCUGCAGUGAAGUGAUAACGUUUUAGCUCACUUAAUGUUGUUUUGUAUGACGUAAUUUCGUUUGGUGCACGGCGAAGAACGUCAGGCGCUCGUAAUUUUUACAAACAGGUACUCACUUUUUGGGGGUAUUUGUAUAUAUGAAACUGAUUUUGGAAUUAUUGUGUAUAUAAGAAAGAGUUGUGGAUAGCACAUUCACACACACGGUUCUGUGUAGCAGUUCACACUAUUGAUGACACUGUGUGGAAGGUGUUCACAUAGAAAAUCAUUUUUUAUAAAGAACAGAAAAAUACGUUUUACAUCGA